UAAAGUUUGUGAUUUGCAUGUAAAAGCAAAACAUUUUGAGUUAAAAUAAUGUUUUAUCCGGAGAAUUCACUAAAAAAAGGGGGAAGAUUUCAUUUAUGUUGGGUGGCAGAUUCAUGGCCUGCCUGCUUUGCUUCGAUAACCCAACGACAACUAUGGUCUCAAGAUAUAAGAAAAAUGUGCGAUGACUUAUUACAAGUUAUGACCAAUGAGUCUGGUCGGCCCUCGCACCGGUUUUCGCUCCGUCUCAGCUCUCAACUUAUGCGGGGACUGGUCCGACUGUAUCAGAAGAAAGUUAACAGCAUUUUGACCGAGAUAUGCAUGAUUAAUGCAAGAAUUAUGAAAAACUCAAAUAGAAAAUUCAACAUCCAAGAUGAAGCAGAAGAGAUGCAGAGGCAUAUCGUGCCGAUGUUGGAGCUGCCAGCGCCAGUGAGAGAGCCUGUCCCGGAGCCGGAGGAAAGAGUUGAGGAAAUGAUACAGCAAAGUGGUAACGUCGUGCCCAACAUUGAAGCCAUCACACUCAAAGAAGCUGCCAUUCCAGAGUUUCAACUCCCACCAAAUGACGGUUUCGGCGAAGAGAACCCCAACCAGGCCUUACAGCUACUCCUCCAAGACCGCACGCUCGAACACAUGCUAGGCGCCUCCGGCCCGCACAGCGCGCUCAACGCCACCGAGCCCGCCGCACAGAUUACUGACCGCAGCGCCAACCAGUCCCGGCUCGAGCUCGACAAGACUAUGGAACGCAUGUCCGAACAUGAGAACACUUUGUUCGGGAAAUCUACAGCGCAGGAUCUAUUGCCUGAAGAAUUGGAUAAAGAGAUCCCAAUUCCUGAAAUCCCGCCUCCGGACCUGCCCGUUCCCACCGAAAAAAAAUCCCCGACGCCGGAGCCGGCAGCGGCGGUGACCGCGCCCGCGCCCGCCGCCGCGCCCGCGCAGGCCGCCCCGCAAGAACCAGAGAUAGUCACAUUAGAGACACUAGAAGAAGGGGAACCGCAAGCCAAGCGCCGCAGGAAGAAUAAAUUGAUCAUAGACAAGAACCAUCAGCUCUCCAAGAAGUUCCUUCGGGCUAGGAUCGAGAACAUUCAUGUUGACUUACGUUGUGAGAGGAGUAGAAUAGACUAG